AUGUCGCAAGACAAAUUCACAAUCGACGAAAUAACCACCGCCUACAAAACCCUCACAGACCCAAGCCUGCGCGCCGAAUACGACCGCGUCCUCCGAUUAGACCGAGUGAAAGGCGCUGAGCGGGAAAAAACCGUCUUCCACACGGGGCUGGAGGUCGUUGAUCUGGAAGAUCUGGGCUGUGAUGAUGAGUCCGGUGAAGAGAUUGUUUGGUUCCGCGGGUGUCGGUGUGGUGAUGAGCGCGGGUUUAUGGUGACGGAAGAUGAACUUGAGAAGGAGGUUGAGCAUGGUGAGAUUGUUGUUGGUUGUCGUGGGUGUAGUCUUUGGUUGAAGGUUCUUUUUGCUGUUGAGGAUGAUGGGUGA